AUGGACUGGUGGAGCAGCCGGGUCGUCGCGGUCCUUGCGCUGGUGGUGUUGCUGUUGGAAGCAGCCUCGUCGGAGCAGGUCCUUUUUGCAGCGGGGUUUGUGUUUGUGACGGGACGGACCAGCCUGCUGUACCCGGACCCGGGGGGGCGGCCCCGCAGCGCAGGUGCUGUUGGGGGUGUCUUGUGGAAGCCCGCGACUCUGGACUUGUCCAGGUGUCCUGUCCAGGUGUCCUCUCCGAGCCCAGGCACUCAAUCAAGAUCUCAUUGCCCAGAUGACCUGCAGCGUGACUGCCAGCCCUGCAAAAAGGAGUACUACUGGCUCACCAGAAACGGGGUCCCGAAGUGUCAACCCUGCACCCAGCGCUGCUCAGGUGUUGAUGAGCUGGUUGAGGUGGUAAACUGCACUCUCUUUACUAACCGGGAGUGUCAGUGCCGGGCGGGCUGGUUCUGCGAGACCCGCGCUCAGUAUACCUGCACCCGGUGCCAGCGGCACAGACAGUGUGAGCCGGGCUGGGGGGUGCUGCAGCCAGGUAAUGCCUUCACUGAUACCACCUGCCAGCGCUGCCCUGCGGGGCAUCACUCCACCCAGACAUCCUCCACCGAGCGCUGCCGAGCGCACACUGACUGUGCCAGUUUAGGUCAGGCUGUGUUUCUGCAGGGCUCUGAUACCCGCGAUGAGGUCUGUGUCCACGCUGCCUCCUCCACUCCCUCAGGGGGCGCUGCAACUGGACAGCUCUCAACAAGCCCCACCACCCACGACUCCACAGCCCCUCCCACCACGGAGACCACAGAGCCCCACCCCCCUGUCUCCCUCACCAACAUGAUCACACCCAUUCUGACUCUCCCCAUCACAACUAGCAGCACAGCGCCUCCCUCUGGACCUAAAGGCUCUCUGCAGAGUCUCGCUGUCUUCAUCUCCAUCUCGCUGAUCUGCUGCCUGCUGCUCCUGCUGCUGAAGAAUCGAAGGAGACUGGGAGCCCUGCUCAAACACUCCCGAGGGAUGACAGAUAUGAAGCUGAUUCCACAGGUGAGCCCCUCACUGAGGGGAGAGAGGAGAGGAGAGAGAUUGAAUCUAAAGGCAAGCUUCAUUUUACAGGCUGCACGGCCGCCAGCUCUGCUGGAGUUCCAACACAAGCAGCAGGACUGCCCCCUGCUGGCCGCGGAGGGGGAGAGGCAGGAGAGCCAUGAGGGGGAAGUGAGGCCCCCCGUGGAGGAGAUGAGGCCCCUGGGCAGGGCUGGAGACGGGGCCCCCGCGGAGCUGGGUGUCUCUCGGGAACCCUGCAGUGACAGCCGGGUGCAGCAGUUCAUUGCUGAGCCUAAAGGGGGCGACAGCGUCAAUAACAACAUUGGGUCCAUCUUCAUCCUGCACCCCAGCACUGUGAUCCUGGGCUCAGGCAGAAGGGGGGCUGAGAGGACAGGGGGAGGAGAGGAGGGUCCCCCGAUCAGCACCCCCCAGCAGGAGAGCCAGAGCCCGAGCCACAGCCAGCUGGAGGAAACCUGCAGAGCCAGUGUGUGUGUGCAGGAGGAGGGGGGCAAGGAUCUGCACUACCCCAUACCAGCCAGCGGGAAGUGAGGGGGCGACAGAGAGCAGAGGAGAGGAGCUGCACUACCCCAUACCAGCCAGCGGGAAGUGAGGGGGCGACAGAGAGCAGAGGAGAGGAGCUGCACUACCCCAUACCAGCCAGCGGGGGCUGAGGGGAGACCAAACCCUGACGGGACAAUGCAGACUGCACAGAAGGAGCUGCUAUUUGCAAAACAGGAGAGCUUCAGAAAUUGCUUUUUAAAAUCUUUAAACCUCCCUUUUAAUGGAACUACAACUCCCAGAAUUCCAAGAGGCGUGGCAACUUGUGAUUGGCUUGCUGGAGCUGGCAUCCUGAGGUUUCCGGAGAGUUCUCUGGAUAGCGGAUGGCUGUUAGUGUUAGCCCUUCUUGCUUUGACGUUGUUCAGGGGUCUUUCACUGUGACUGAACUUCAACAGCAUGGACAGAAAACAACAAGCAAGGAAACGCCUCGGGAUUAACUCCAGGGAGAUUCUCCAGGGAUUCUCCAGGGAGAGGGAUUCUCCAGGGAUUCUCCAGCAAGAGGGAUUCUCCAGUGAUCUGUGACACACAGAGGGAUGGGCGUAUGUACGCACAGAUAAACAGACCCCCACAAACUCCUUGUCUCCCCAGAAUCUCCUGCUCUCACUGGGGCUCAAUAAUGUUGAUACCAAGUUUCAUGAGACUGGGAGAAGCGCUUCUCCAGAGAUAUGGGGAAGUAUGUGCUUUGAACUGUGAGGUGUGAGAUUAUAUUUCUCAGUGUGAGAGUAUAUCUCUCUGUGUGUAUCUGUAUAUUUAUCUGUGUGUAUCUCUCUGUGCGUAUCUCUCUCAGAUAAAUGCUGGGUUGCUACAUGAUUAUAUUUCUUGCAUUUUGUUCUUUAUUAUUAAACUCGGUUGUGUUGAGCAAAAACAAACUUCUUCGAUUCCAUGACAAAAGUUUUGACUGGAACUCUUUCUCUGUGUGUUUAGUGUAAAGAGGAUGCUCU